AUGUGUCGAAAAUGUUUACCGAGUCACGCCCUCAGCGUUAGGAGAGCCGAGCUACUCCGCUGUUUGCUGAAUCAGGCAACGCCCCAGCCCUUGUUGUGGUGUGGACUCUCGAAGUUCUCCCCCGAAGAACAUCUCACUCCCUUCCCUCUAGCCAAGUUCUCCCCCGAAGAACAUCUCACUCCCUUCCCUCUAGCCAAGUUCUCCCCCGAAGAACAUCUCAUUCUCUUCCCUCCAGCGAAGUUCUCCCCCGAAGAACACCUCAUUCCCUUCCCUCCAGCGAAUUUCUCCCCCGAAGAACAUCUCAUUCUCUUCCCUCCAGCGAAUUUCUCCCCCGAAGAACAUCUCAUUCUCUUCCCUCCAGCGAAGUUCUCCCCCGAAGAACAUCUCAUUCUCUUCCCUCCAGCGAAUUUCUCCUCCGAAGAACACCUCAAUCCCUUCCCUCUAGCCAAGUUCUCCCCCGAAGAACACUUCAUUCCCUUCCCUGCUGCGAAGUUCUCCCCCGAAGAACAUCCCAUUCCCUUCCCUCCAACGAAGUUCUCCCCCGAAGAACACCUCAUUCCCUUCCCUCCAGCCAAGUUUUCCCCCAAAGAACAUCCCAUUCCCUUCCCUCCAGCGAAGUUCUCCCCCGAAGAACACCACAUUCCCCGCGUCACGCCUCUGCCGAAGAACAUCUCAUUCCCUUCCCUGCUGCGAAGUUCUCCCCCGAAGAACAAUCUCAUUCCCUCGUCUCAUGCCUCUGCCGAGCCCGUUCCUCCCUUCCUCAGACACAUCCUCAUCAUCCAAGAUCCUUCACGCUGCAUAGAACAACAAUGUACAGCUGAGAUUCCAUUACGCAUCAUGCUAGGGUUCUUCAGCAGUUAA